AUGCUCAAUGUCAUGGACAGGAAUGAGGUUUCACCGGCGUCUGAUGCCACCAUGAAGAAGAAGGCGGUAGGCAGCAGUGGAUGCAGCCGCAUCAGCGCUCCCAAGGCUGCCACGUCCAAAUGCAAAAGAAGCAACAGCAGCCAGAACUGCUUGGACUCCGGUUCUCCCUGCGCACCGAGUGGUAGGCAGCCCGGCGCGGCCAGCAACGUCGUGAUGGACGAGACGGAGGACGGCGAAGAGGAGUCUAAGUUUCAGCAUCCGCGGUUGCGCCGUGCCGGGGGGAGCGGCAGUGGCGGAGGUGGAGGAGGAGGAGGCGGCAGUAUCAGGAUGAAGAACUUUACGCCAGGAGGGGGAGCCGCGUCCUCGGGUUCCAGGAGAAACUCCAACAAGGAGCCCUGCCAUACACACGCAGAGGACGCUCCUGCCGCCCCACGGCCCACUGCUACCUCCCGAACCGAGACCCAGACACCUUGUCCGGGCGAUGCUGCCCAGCGCACCGAGACCAGCAGAGCAUCUGGGGCGGAGGCGUCGGAAUCAGCGGUCACGGUAGAGAUUUUAAACGCCACAGCAGGUGAUGGUUGCAACAGCGCCGGUCCAAUUUCCAGCAUGAAAUGCAACAAAAACGGAGAAUGCAGGAGGGACUCGGGUACCGGGAGCCUUCGCUCAAUCAUCUCCAAGCAGGAGAAGCAGACAGGGGGGUCGGGGAGGGCCGAGGACGGAGGGAGCGCAAAGCGAGGAGCCUGUAACUCGACCACCGCCAGCAUGGACGGCUCGAUCACACCAGGCGGGUCCUUGACAGGAGGGCACGGAGGAGAAAGCGCAAACCCCGGCGCUACCCCCGUGUCCAGCGGUGUCCCCGAGAAAAAGGACUCCAAGGUGUCCUUCUCUAACGCACCAAGCCGGAAAGCAUCGUCCUCACUGCACGGCCCGACUCAGACUCAGCAGCAGCCCAGGAACUCUGUCACUUUCCAGAAGCCGGAGGAUGGACCGCCAAUUGUGCCCGCCGAGGAUGCGGAGCCUCGGGGCAGCCAAGCCAGCUUCAUGCAGCGGCAGUUCAGUAGUAUGCUGCAGCCUGGAGUCAACAAAUUCUCCUUACGCAUGUAUGGUAGUCAAAAAGCAGUGGAGAGAGAGCAGGAGAGGGUCAAAUCAGCUGGAAAUUGGAUUAUCCACCCUUACAGCGAUUUCAGGUUCUACUGGGAUUUCACAAUGCUGCUGUUUAUGGUGGGCAACCUGAUCAUCAUCCCUGUGGGCAUCACCUUCUUCAAGGACGAGACCACUACACCCUGGAUCAUCUUCAAUGUGGUCUCGGACACCUUCUUCCUUAUGGACCUGGUGCUCAACUUUCGCACUGGAAUCAUCAUUGAGGACAACUCAGACAUCAUUUUGGACCCUAAAACUAUUAAAAUGAAGUACCUAAAAACUUGGUUCAUUGUGGACUUUAUCUCCUCCAUCCCAGUGGAUUACAUAUUCCUCAUAGUAGAGAAAGGUAUCGACUCAGAGGUGUACAAGACUGCGCGGGCCCUGCGGAUCGUUCGCUUUACCAAGAUCCUAAGUCUUCUGAGGCUGUUGAGGCUCUCCAGAUUAAUACGCUACAUUCACCAAUGGGAAGAGAUCUUCCAUAUGACCUAUGACCUGGCCAGUGCGGUGAUGCGGAUCUUUAACUUGAUUGGUAUGAUGCUGCUGCUAUGUCACUGGGACGGCUGCCUACAGUUCCUGGUUCCCAUGCUGCAGGACUUCCCCUCAGACUGCUGGGUGUCCCUCAACAAGAUGGAGAAUGAUACCUGGUCAGAGCUGUACUCCUUUGCAGUAUUCAAGGCAAUGAGCCACAUGCUGUGCAUUGGUUAUGGCCGGCAGGCCCCGGAGAGUCUGUCAGAUAUCUGGCUCACCAUGCUGAGUAUGAUAGUAGGAGCUACUUGCUAUGCUGUUUUCAUUGGGCAUGCAACAGCUCUUAUUCAGUCUCUGGACUCCUCCAGACGGCAGUAUCAGGAAAAGUACAAACAAGUGGAGCAGUAUAUGUCCUUCCACAAGCUGCCCGCUGACUUCCGGCAGAAAAUCCAUGACUAUUAUGAGCACAGAUAUCAGGGCAAGAUGUUUGAUGAGGAGAGCAUUUUGGGAGAACUCAGCGAGCCUCUCAGAGAGGAAAUUGUAAACUUCAACUGUCGGAAGCUCGUGGCAUCCAUGCCACUGUUUGCCAACGCAGAGCCCAACUUUGUGACAGCCAUGUUGACCAAGCUGCGUUUUGAGGUGUUCCAGCCACAUGAUUACAUUAUAAGAGAGGGCACCAUUGGGAAGAAAAUGUACUUCAUUCAGCACGGAGUCUGCAGCGUCAUCACUAAGGGCACUCUGGCAAUGAAACUCUCUGAUGGCUCUUAUUUUGGAGAGAUCUGUUUAUUGACGAGGGGUCGGCGAACAGCCAGCGUGCGAGCAGAGACUUACUGUCGACUCUACUCUCUGUCUGUUGACCACUUUAAUGAGGUGCUGGAAGAAUAUCCCAUGAUGAGACGAGCCUUCGAGACGGUUGCCAUUGACCGUCUAGACCGCAUAGGUAAAAAGAACUCCAUCUUGAUGCACAAGGUUCAGCAUGAUCUCAACUCUGGUGUGUUCAACAACCAGGAGAACGAGAUGAUCCAGGAGAUUGUCAAGUACGACCGUGAAAUGGUGAAGCUGGUGGACCUGCAGCGGCCGCGGGCCAUGUCUAUGACCCCUUCCAUCGGUGGUAUCUUUGCUCCUCCUGGCCAACCGCAGUCAGGCUCUGCUAUUGCCACUCUUCAGCAGGCUGUGGCCAUGAGCUUUUGUCCGCAAAUGGCGAGUCCCCUGGUAGGUCCAGGGACUCUGCAGUCUCCUCGUAUGGUGCGACGGUUCCAUGUGAUGCAGAACCUGGCCAGCCCAGUCUCCAUGUCUCCUCUUCAGUCUCAACCCCCCCAGGCGUUCGGAGGGGCUUUUGGAUCCGCAAUCUCCAGCCCACCUGUACAAAGCCCACUCGCAGCUUCAGGACGGACUUUCCAGUACAUGGCAAGUGCAGGACCCUCUGGUUCCCAGUUGUCCCUAGUACAGCACCAUGCACCCAGCCCCACACAGACCCAGCAGAGGCCUGCCUCGCACAAGAGCACCCACUCCCUUCAUACAGGUAGCUUAAGCCAGGAUACCCGGGCCCUGUCUGCCUCCCAACCUUCCCUCCCCCAGGAGGGAACGCCACAAGCUGCCUCUGCAGCCCCCAGCCCCCCACCAUCCACCCGCACCUCCAACAACUCCAUCGGCCCCCCUCAGCCCCCUCACCCCAGCCUGCCAGGGCCCUCAGGGGUAGGGAGAUCAGCAGGAGCUCAACAGAGGGUGGCCUUUGCCUCUACACCUCCUCCCGGUGGACCUGCUGGAACAGGAGCAGUAGCAGCAGCUGCUGGGUCAGGACCUCCAGACUCUGGACUUCCCAAGAAAGAUUCAAUUGUCAGCCUUCCAGAGCUAGACUCUGCCAGAUCCCGGCUGUCUUCCAACUUGUGACCCUGGUAGAGUUCAGGAAAGAGGCCUUUUUUGUAGGAGAAUCUGUUUGUUUUAGGUCAGUCCAGCUGAUCUGUCAGUCUGCUAAAUGACCAAUCAGCUACCGCCAGCGCCACCAGUCAAUUGACCUGGAUGCACUGUACGCUGGUGUCAGCAGAUGGAAAAGAGCAACUCAAAGUCUUGAGAUACUUUGGCUAGGAGGAGUCUAUACAAUUUAACUAGUAUAACUUAAGGUUGAACUGGCCUAGUCUACUGUGCCAGCACCUUUAGUCUUAGUAUCACCCCUUACACACUGCUUCCAAACACCUACUGUAUAUCGCUGUCUUUACUGUAAAGAUAUGAAGAAAAGUAUGAUUAAUGUAACUAUUGCAUACUGUGUAGAAUCCAUGCAAUGCAAUCUAGCAGGAGCUGGACUUAAAAAUGAAAAUCAGGGACUUGAGGUCAAAUGACAAUGACAUUUUAAGCAUUCAAAAAGUGUUUUCAGUGUAAUUUUUCCGUAUAAGCUGUCGUAGCAAAAGAACACAUUGCUCUUCAUAUUGUUUAAACUAGUAGUGAAAAUAGUGUUUUAGACUGCUGGUCGAUCUUACAUCGAUGUGUAAAUAGUUGAUGAAAAAAGUACAGAGGGAUAUUAUAUUCAUUGUAUCUACCCAAACCAAAGUUGAGCUUGAACACAAAGUCUGGUUGUGUCUGUAUCAACUAAAAAAGAAACAUAGAAGAAAAUGCCAUUUAUUUAACUGCCUUGAUUCAACGUUAGAAGCCAUAUAUUUGGUUUGUGUGUAUGUAUAUAUGUGGGUGUAAGUUUGUGUGUGUGAGUUUGUUGGUACAUUUUUGUUCUAUUUUCAGAGAAUGGACUCGCACACUCUCUACACUGCUUUGUCAAGUGCGAUUGGUUUCACAUGCUGAUGGUGGCACUGACCAGUUUUCAUGAAACAUCUGAGAGGCGGUCAGCUGUUUGGUCAGCGUACUGAUUGUAACCCUGAUGGUUAAAUAAUAUGAGCUUUAUUGAAAGGAAACAUUUGUGAACAACCCAUACUAUAUACUUGCUUGUUUUUGUCUAGGUUUAUUGAUUAACACAUGCAAUAUAAUUCUGCAAUACUCUACCCCGCCUAUAUAUAAAAAUAUGAAUAUAAUAUCUAUAUAUAUGCUGUACAGGAAAGUGAACUUGUUUCUUUUUUCUUUUGUUUUCUUUUUAAUGUGAACUCUGAAUCCAGCAGCUAUUGUGGCUUCACUUGAGGUAUUGUAAUCCAGUGACCAUGUUGUUACCUUAACCAAAAAUGUUUGAGGGAAUGAGGGGAUGUGCAGUGUCAUUUUUCAUAAAAACAGAUGGGAUAAACUACUUAAAACUGGUUUAGAGUCACAGGAGGAAUCCACGCUUUGAGUUCAGCAAGUCAGAUCCUCAAAAAUGUCACAUUAAAGCCCAUUUGAAGAUAUAAAAUUGUAACAUGAAUGCGGGGUUUGGGGUGGGCAAUAUGGGGUACGAAUGCCUCACAUGUAAAAACUCUUUGUCCAUAUCAAACUCUCUGUGUGCCCCAUAUCACCCAAAACUCCCAUGAAUGUCUCAACAUUUAGACCCACAACAAUCCUAUUGUACAAAUUUUGGGAUUGGGUUGAGGCUUUGGUCAUAUUUAUUCUAAAUAUUCUGAUCCUGCUGAACCUAAAAGCCUUCUCUUGCUGAAUGUAUGCCAUACAAGAAGGGAGACAGCUAAUCAGAUUAAAACUGCCAUGUAAAUAAGGGGACAUUUAAAGAGGCUUUUAUGAUGCAAGGGGGUUGUGGGCGUUGCUGUAUCUGUUGCUGAGUGUCUGUGUGAUCUUUUUAGGUUUGAUUUUGCUUCUCUGGGUAGAACGUUGCUGUAUUUAACCUGUAUGCUAACCCCCCACCCCCUACACCCUACACCCUAUCCCCAGAUCUUACACAAGAGGAUACAAUUUUUUUUGUUCAUUCAUUGAAGUGGGUGUGAACCAGAGCGAGUCAUAACCACUUUGAACUCCUCGGUCCAAAGCGAGCACUGAGGACAUUCAGUUAAGCACCUGGUGUUGCAAUCAAAAUAAAAAUCGAUGCUUUAUUCUCUUAAAUGGUUGCAGUACUGCUCUUGGACCCAUUAUCUGGUUAAACUGAAAGGACAACAAGUGAAUACAAUUGGGAUAGAAAAUAGGCAGCUGAUUCAAUGUAUUAAACAAACAUCGUGUCCAACUUUUUCAGCUCUGAGCAUCGAUCCAAAGCCAAACUGUAAAUCAAUGCGAUGGACAUUUCACUCAGGUUUGCUAUCUUCCCAGAGAGAUGUAUUGAUUACUGUAGUGUGGCUUUCUAUUGAUUUAUGUAGACUUGUCUAUCCUUCCAUGAUCAACCUGUUGAUGCUGAAAGAUUCCCCUUGAAUUUUGAUUGGCUGAGAAAAACAAGGAGGACCUAAUUGAGUCAUAACCCUCAGAUUGUUUUUAGUGUAACUCGCUGUCAUUUUGUUUUGAUCACUUUACCUGAGAGCUGUUGAAAUCUUGAAACAAGGUGUAGGUGAUUGUUUUUAUCCAAGGGCUUCAUAAUAUGGCUUGUAAACCUUGGCUCAUUGUAGAGCAGCCACAUUUUCACUUUAGGUUUGAUCAGUAACAUGCACUAAACCUUGUUCUUUGUCAUUACUGGGUCACAGUGCUGCAACCAGCUUCGUCAGCAACACAGGAACUUUGUAUUGCUUUUUUCCUAUGGGAAAGGUACAUGCCAAAAUGCCAAUGUGAUUGUGAAUGAGCCGAGUCCAUUUGAGCCAAUAGCUGUUGUGUGCUUCAAUACUGUUCCAGUGCAAUCAGUUGGUCCUCGUCCCUAUUCCUUUGUGCUAAUACCAGAGUUUGCCCUAUUAAGCUGCUAUCAGGACUGUGCUGAUAUUAUUUGAAUUUUUGAGUCUGAGUCCACAGUCAGUGAGAGCAAGAUGGAAGGAGAGUUAAAGAGCUAAUGUUUCAGGCAAUAUCAGGCACCGUCUCUAUUUCAUUGCAUCCAUCCAGUAAGGUACUGUAGUGUGUAAUUCACUCCCGAUCAAAGGAUGGCAUCCCAGAUACUUUAAUCAGUACCACUCUGUUUCAACCCUCAGCCAUGAGGCUGAUACAGUCCUAGCAAAGCACUCACUUCUGUCAGUUAUCUGUUUUGUGUCUGUGUCACAAGUGUGUCCAAUCAGUUGGCUUCCAGCCGCUGUUGACGUGUGUGUGAUGUAGCGCUGUAUUUGCCUGAUGACGGGGGGUUCAAAGUCAAAGUGCGAUUGUUUAAUGGUCCUUCUUCUGGACCUUGCUGUGAAGUGGGAUUGAAAUCCCACAUACAUGUUUGACACUGACUGACAAUUAUUGAGAGUAUCUAGUUUCAAACCUCUCAUUCUUGCUGUACCAGAUAUAAAGGGUACUGAAUGCCUUGAUGUUGAUAUGUUAGUAAAUCAGGGUAUUAUUUUUGUUUGUAAAAGUGUCUGUGAUUUAUCAGAAUAUUUUGUUUGGUUAUUGUUUUUGCAAUGUGCCCCAUGCACAUGAACUGUAUAUACCUUGUGCCUAGUAUAUCUAGUUUCCACAUAGUCUAUUUUUGUGGUAUGUAUGUGCCUGUAAAAAUGCAAAUAUGUGUUUUUAUUUUCAACUUGCAAUAUAUGUAAAAACAAACAAACAAACAAAAAAACAUUAGAUGAAGACUACUAUUGCUAAAUUAAAAUGACAAUGUCAGUAUAUAUAAUUUACCCUAAUUUGGGAAACACAAAAUUGCACAUUUUUGUUGGUUUGAGCCUUCCAACACCAUGCGCGCUGUACUCUGUACUUUCAUGUUCUGUACAUAUGGUAUAAACAGAGAUGUGGGGCACAUUGUUGUGUUUUACCACAACUUGCUGUAUAAGAAACAUUUUCUACAGUGAGAGGGUGAGCUCUGACACGUUUCUGGUGGAUAUUGGCAGUCUAGACAUUGGCUUAGAUGACCUUCUUGCUGCACAGAGCCAAAAAUCACAAAGGAAAUAAUUAAUAAAACUGUGGCGGAUGCCUGCAUAAUAUCAAUACAGAAACAAAAACUAGCCGUGCUGAAAAAUCUUUCUCAAACCAUAUUGUUGCACAGGUCUUUUAACUGAUGCUAGUUGCACAUUGAUGAUCUGGUGUUUGCUAAUUUGAAAAAAAACAUCUCUCCAAGGCUGAAUUUGGCUCACGAGCCACAGCAGUCACAAGCUUGACUCCCGGUUGAGUUAACCUUGACAGUUGAUAGCAGAGUGCAUGCUUGUAUUUUUCUUAUCUAAGCGGAGUUCUGUGUACGAUUCUUAGUGGGACCUUCAAAUCUAGUGCACCAACUACUGUACAAUGAUUUUAUUUAGUCUAACAGUUAAACCUUUGUGUCGUAGCUACUGUAGCCUGCUUAGCUUACCUAAGCCUUCUCUGCUUCAGGACUCUGUGUAUUGUGUGCUUGAGUUUGUGUGUGCGUGUGUGUGUUCCUGUGCCUUUCCUUCUAUAAUGUUGGUCCCACUUGAGAAUAUGAUGCCAUUUAGGGGUUUGAAACCUACAUGAAGCUGAGAGAGACACCAGCGCAAGCUGGAAAGUGUUACAUGGUCACAACUUCACUUGUUCUAAAAACAACAACACUGAAAUGCUCCUAGAAAUGACUCUAGCACAUCCCUAGACUUAGUAGCAUUCCAUGGCAUGCACGAGCAGCUCGGUGUGGGCAUCCAGGCACACUUUAAUACCAGCACCAUGUAGACAACAGCACAGAUAUCUGACACAGCAUGUGUCGCCUCUCUCUCUCUCUCUCUCUCUCUCUCUCUCUCUCUGGAGGCCAAUCUGCAACCAUUUCAGGCUGUGCUUGGCUUCUGCUCUUAACAAAAAGGUUAAAGUAUAUCAGAACUCCAGCUCUGUCUAAGUUGAUGUCUACAAUCCCAAAUCAGCUCCAAGCCCGAGCCGCAGCACUUCAAAAUCGAUCUC